AUGGCAGAAGACGGAGAUAAUGUACCUGUGAUGACUGUUAAAGAACCUCUCGACUUAAUUAGGUUGAGUUUGGAUGAGCGAAUUUACGUUAAAAUGCGUAAUGAACGCGAACUACGCGGGAAGCUUCAUGCCUAUGAUCAACAUUUGAAUAUGGUAUUGGGAGAUGCAGAGGAAACAAUAACGACAGUUGAAAUUGAUGAAGAAACAUAUGAAGAGGUUUAUAGGACAAAUAAGAGAAAUAUUCCAAUGUUAUUUGUAAGAGGCGAUGGAGUCAUACUAGUGUCCCCUCCAGUUAGAGUUGGGGUUUAA